AUGUUUGAAGAAAUAUUAAAAUACAGAUAUUCCAGGGGAUUAGCAAAAUACAACAGAAUAAAGCCUUUUAACCAAGGUAUUUUAAAAGUAGUUAUAUACAUGGUGCUUAUAUGCAUAUAUUUAAAUACUGUGUAUUCUAGUGCAGUAAAGAUAGAUUGCUUAAAGAAAAAUGAAAGGUCAAGGUUGGAGAUAGUGGAUGUUUCAGAAGAAUUCUCAUCAGAAGAUAAAGAAACAGUGACAGAGCCAAUAGUAGAAGACCCAGAUGAUGAUGAUGAUUCAUCCGUAGAUGACAGUCCAUAUCCUUAUGGUCUUCUGGAACUAGAAUCCACGGAUGAUUCAUCAGAAGGCAGGGAAGCAGAGAUGAACAAUCCAAUAGUUGAAGAACCUGCAAUAAAUGGUAACCAAGGAGUAGAUGCUGCAGUAGGCAUAGAACGAGCAACUUCUUCGCCGACUGCAACAGAAUAUUGGGAAGCAAUAAAUAGUAAUGCAAGCCUUAUAGAGUACAUAGAAAUCAUCAAGAAAGACUAUAAGGCGUAUAAGCGCAGAGUACCAGAAGUGGAUGACAAUGUGAAAAAUCUGGACACUUUGGAGGAUCUAACAGAAGAACAAAAAGCCCCAUAUAUGGAGAUUAUGCACCAGUUCAAACUAAACCUCCAUGCAGUCCACUGUGCAUUAUAUCGUCUAUUAAAAGAUGUAGAAAAGUGUUCUAAUGAAGAUAUAAAAAAGCCUUUUAAAAGUACAGAAGAACCUUUAGAAGAAGACUUUGAGGCUGCAUUUACAAGAAGGUUUGGAGAGCCCUUAAAUCUAGUCACACCUUUAGAGUGUUAUGCUUUAGCAGCCAGACAGAUUUUUAUGUUGAUUCAAAAAGCAUUUGAUGAUUUAAAUUACGUUAAUAAUAUUAUUACAUCGCUAGAACCAAACAGAAUAAUAUCAUAUAUGGAUAGAGUAAAGAAUUGGUGUAGCCGCUUGACUGAUAACACAGGAGAAUUGCACAGAUUAUCAAUCAGACCCAUAUACAGCAACCCUUCUAUAGAAUAA